AUGGCUGACAAGGGCGAAAUGACGAACCAGAUCAAGGCAAUGAUCUUUGGAAAUCGAGCUCCUGGCCCCGGCCAAGCCGAUCUCAAGCCCAAAAAGCCAAGAACUAUCGCUUACGAUCGACAUAGUCUCGUUGAAAUCGGCAAAAACACCGCUAGCCACACCCGCCCAAGCUUUCUCGACGUCGAGUACGACAACAUCUCGCGCGUCGACGGCAGCAAGCGGUGGGAUCCCGAGCGCUGGCACGCCGGAACCAAGGCCCAACAUCUCAAAGCCCGGCGAGAAGCAGCGGCGAAGGAAAUGUCCGCCAAGGCGAACAAUGCUAGCAGCAACUCGUCGAUCAUUGGCGAGCCAAACUCGUGGCGCAAGUCGAAAUCUGAUAAACGAUCUGGAUUGGCGAUGGACGAAGAAGUGGAAAAUGGAAAAAAUGAUGAAACUUUUGGCGUCUCAACUAGGCUUGGUCCUCAGCGGAGAAGCUAUAAAGAAGGCUGCAAGCCUGGCAACACCCGCGAUGAGGGACCAAAAGGCGAUCAAGGAUCUUUGUCCAGUUCUGGCGCGAGUUGGCGUGACUCGCGCAAGAAGGAACCCUGGCGCCGCGGAGGAGACGACGACAAGUUCAGCGAUUUCCGCAACGAUGACGGCGGCCGUGACGGUGGAAACAAAUACGGCAACAAUAACGCUCGCUCUGGUUACAACGAUCGCAACAAUCGCUUCAACAACAACCGUAGUGGUGGUCGCUAUGGACGAGGAGAUCGUUUCGGUCGCGAUUCCCCUGACGAAGAGCCCGAAUGGAUGAACCCCGAUGACGGAACCGAGGCGAACGAGAUGACUUUCAUGGCGCUUGAAGGACUCCCAGGAGAUAUGCGAGGAAAGGAAACUUCCCAAGGUCGGGAUAAAAACCGUGACUCGCCAGAACUCGUCGCGUUUGACGAGAGUGCUUUUAUGGGCACAACUGACGAUGGCGGAGAAACGAAGCUUGGCGGCGCACUUGGCGCUGCUCUCGGCGAACUUGACGAUCCUCUCCAAGGCGAGCUUGGCGGUGCCUUGGAGGACGAUCCUCAAAUGGACGGAUUGAUCAAAUCCUCUUUCAUGGAUAUUAUGAAGGACGAUGACACUGAUCCCGCCCCUGGCGCAUCCAAGUUUUCCGCAUUCUUCGACUCACCUGCAGAACCAGAACUCAACCUUCCGAGCAAAAAGAACGCGACAGCUGGAUUCCCACCACCGCAGAAUAUUGGCGUUCCAGCAGGAUUAAUUCCGCCCAAUGCAGCUGGACUUGGAUUAAAAAGCCAGCCCCAGCCUCCGUUGGGAAUGAACCUCUGGAAUAUUCAGCAGGCGGGAUCCGGCGCUUCUCAUCCUACUCCCGAACAGCAGAUGAAACAGCAAUCCGCGCAGAAUAGAGUCAACGAUGUUUUCAGCCAGUUCAAGAAUCCUCAAGUCUCCCCAAUCAUGCCUUUGCGGCCUCCCGGUGUUGCUCCGAUGCCAGCUGCUAGAAACUGGGACAUUCUUCCAGGAACGAAAAACGAGCCGCCUCGACCACAACAGCCACCAGCAGGUCUUCCAGCUAGCCUCUUCGGUUUCGGAAACGGCCCAUCUAAUUCGCAACAGCAGCAGCAACGAGCAGGUCCACCGAUGCCUCCAAGAGGAUUCCCGAUGACAGCCAUGAGUGUAGAAGAUCUGGAAGGCCCUCGCCGAAACAUUUCGCCAAACAAUGAUAACCAACCAGCUCCUGACGUUAAGCGAAAGCUCAUGAACCUCCGCAACGAAUUCGAUCAGAAAUCGAAUGUUCAGCGAAUGAUGUUUCUUGGCGCCCAACAACCUCCAGGACAAGCCCCUCAAGGACUGCUUCAACAUGCUAUGCCUCAACGAAUGCCGCAUCAGAUGCAGCAUCAAGCUCCGCGGGCCCAUCAGCACAUGCAGCAACAACAUCAGAAGCAGAUGAUGGAUCAGCGAGACGUUCGAGCAGCUCAAGAGCAGCAGCGAAUCCGCGUUGCGCAGUACUUGGCUAGCGAAGAGAAAAAUAGAACUCUUACUCCAACUGAAGCAACAUUCAUGAAGCAAUUCCGCGCCGAGCAGAACGGCCUUUACGGUCCCGGGCCUCGAACAAUGAUAGACCAAAACUUGAACCAGCUCAAUCUUGGCCGUGAUAACCGUGACCAUCCCCGCUCCAGCCAAAAUCUCGAUUUCAAUCGACAAAAAGAGUCAUUCGAAGAAAAGCUCCGCCAGCAAUCGAGCAUCGGCAGCAGCGGCCCUCCUCACCCAGAGCAAGUCCCGAAAUUCAAUCAAUUUACUCCCACUUCUGUCAUGCGAAAAAUGGUUCAUCGAAAAGGCGACGAGCCCGGCGAUGGUCGACCGCAUCGAAAUCCGAAAAUAACACCACUCGAGCAUACAGGCGUCGUCCGAGUUCCCAAGGGAGCUACUGAAAGAAAACUAAGCAACGGAGGAGUUUCUGGAAACAAAGGAACAGCUCAAGGAGCGAUGAGAAACAUGACGAAUGCCCCACCUGUGAUCUACACCCAGCAGCAGCAACAGAGAGGCGCUCCGCCUCCUGUUAUCAACAGUAGCGCGCCAAAUAGCUCGAGCUCGACGCAAAUGCUUUUCCACCAGCGAGGCCUCAUCCCAAGCCAGAUUCGCGCACCAGCAAGCCAACAAGCCAGCUCUGGAAACAACGAAGACAACACAAUGAUCCAUCGCCUUCUCCAGCAACAGCCCCAAGCCAACCGAGCAUUUCCCGAAUUUGGCUGA